AUGCCGGUGCGGCUCGGGGACGACGGAUUGGGGGCCUUCGGGUACACGAGUCGGCAGAGAGCUCAAGGAGCAUCAUGGAUUAGCAUAUUCAGCUAUGGCAUUGGAGCAUCGCUCGGGCUCUGGAUAUUUUCUGUCCUGCUGCAACUCCUCAACGAUCCCUUGGCUGGCAUACCAGGGCCCAUCUACUGUCGCUUUUCACGUCUUCCCUACGUGUACUGGGUCUGCACAGGUCGGCUCGUCUUUCGCAUCAAGGAGCUUCACGACCAAUAUGGAGAAGUCUUCCGCAUCGCGCCCGACGAGGUCCAGUUCAUCCACCCGGACGCCUGGAAGGACAUCUUUGGCCACAAGACCCACGGCGCCAAGGAGUUCCCCAAGGACCUGAGGUUCUACCCCAUGCCGCCGGGCGGCGUCCGGGACCUCUUGACGGCGGACCAGACCAACCACCCGCGCAUGCGCAGGAUGCUCUCCCCGGCCUUUGCCGAGAAGACGCUGCGGGAGCAGGAGACCAUCGUCACGUCGUAUGUGGACUACAUGGUGGGCAAGCUGCGGGGCAUGAUCACCAAGCAAGAGGACGACGGCGCGGUCUACGCCCGGGCGGACAUGGUCAAGUGGUACAACUACCUCAUCUUUGACAUCAUUGGCGACCUGACCUUUGGAAAGCCCUUUUUCUGUCUGGCGUCCAGCGACUACCACCCGUGGGUGUCGACCAUCUUCUCGAGCACAAAGGGCGCCAUCAUUGCCAACAACGGCGACUACCUCCCGGCCGUCAAGUACCUGGCCAUGCUGCUCUUGGUGAUGUGCAAGCCGCGGCUGGUGAUAGACAGGAUAUCGAGGCUCAAGUACAGCGUCAACCGGACCAGCGAGCGCCUGGCUUCCAGCACCGACAGGCCCGACUUUAUGUCUUAUAUUGUAAAGGGCGCCGAGACGGGCCAGGCGCUCUCCAAGGAGGAGCUCGACGCCAACGCCGACCUUUUGGUAUUCGCCGGAAGCGAGACCACGUCUACCUUCCUCUCGGGGUGCACCUACUUUGUCCUGAGCAACGCCCGAGUAUACAAGCGGCUGGUUGCCGAGAUCCGGGGUUCCUUCAACAACGAAGAGGAGAUGACCUUUGCUUCGAUCCAGAGGCUCCCGUACCUCAGCGCCGUCAUGCAGGAGUCCUUUAGGAUGUACCCGCCGAUCCCCGUCGGGCCGCCACGAAAGGUGCCCGAGGGUGGAGCGGUCGUCCGCGGCAUCAGCCUUCCCGAGAAUACUGCUGUUGCCAUUACGCAGUAUGCGGCCGGACACUCCGAGACCAACUUUACCGACCCAUACACCUUUACCCCAGAGCGGUGGCUGCCGGAAGCCGACGAGCGUUUUGCUUCUGAUCGGCGGCGCGCCGUCCAGCCCUUUGCGGUUGGCCCACGGAACUGCAUCGGACAAAACCUCGCUACUGCCGAGAUUCGUCUGACCAUGAUCAAGAUGCUAUGGAAUUUUGAGAUGGAGCUGGCCCCAGAGUGCGCGAACUGGAACAAGCAGCCUAUAUUUGGUCUUUGGGAAAAACCACCUUUGAUGGUCAAGUUGAGGGCUCCUUUGGCAGCGCCUUUUAGCGCCUUUACCCUUCAAAAUCUGUUCAAGCUUCCGGCGGUAGCUCUCGCGAUAACCUUGAUCUACUACGCCCUUCUCUGCAUCUACAACCUCUACUUUCACCCGCUCGCCAAAUACCCCGGGCCUCGCUUGGCCGCAGCCACUCACCUAUGGCUCAUGAGGGCCUAUCUCAGCGGCAAGGCAUACGCUCACAUCCACGAAGCACACGAAAAGUACGGGCCCGUGGUGAGGACCACGCCCAACGGACUGUCGUACAUCAACGCCAAGCAGUGGAAGGAGAUCUACGGCCACCAGCCGUCCGGUCGCCCCGAAUUCAGCAAGCAGGCAUUCGCGUCCGCCGUGUUCGAAGAGCCGACGCUUCACAAUGCCGAUAGGCAAUAUCACGGCUACGUCCGGAGACUGUUUGCCCAUGGCUUCUCCGAGACGGCGCUGAAGGGGCAGGAGUCGGUGCUCAAGCAGUACGUCGAUUGGAUGUUUGCGGGAAUAGCACGGGAGUCCAAAGGUGGUUCCAGCCCGGUAAAUGUGGUCGAUUGGUACAAUUAUUUGACCUUUGACUUUAUUGGAUUUCUCACAUAUGGUGAAUCAUUUGACUGUCUCAGAACCUCAUCUCUGCACGACUGGAUCAAGCUCUUCAUCUCAUUUGGAAAACUGUUGAUCUAUGGUCAGGUCAUGCUCCCCAUCCCGCGCCUUUUGAGAAUCCCAGUCGCAUUGCUCUUGAUUCCUUCCAAGUUGAGAAAAGACAGAAAAAGAGCCAGCGCUUUGCAAUCGCCAACCAUUACAGACUUUACAGCAAAGAUGGUCGAGGCAUACAACAAUGGGAAAAUGUCCAUGAACCAACUCGAAGGCAACUCCAUCCUUCUCAUCGGAGCCGGGAGUGAAACCACGGCGACGGCAUUGUCGGGACUUACAUGGUUCCUGAGCCAGAACCCCCAGGUCCUCAAGAAGCUCACGGCCGAAGUGCGGUCGACCUUCAGCUCCGCCGACCAAAUCACCUCUACGGGGGUCAACUCGUGCAGGUACCUCCUCGCGUGCGUCGAGGAGGCUCUCCGGGUGUACCCACCGCUGGCGCAGCCUCACUACCGCAUCGUGCCUCGCGGCGGCGCCACGGUCGACGGCGACCACCUGCCCGCGGACACGGUGGUCAGCGUGCCCAAGUACGCCGUGGCCCGCAGCCGCCUCAACUUCCACCGGCCGGAAGACUUUGUGCCCGAGAGGUGGCUGGGCGACGGCGACGAGGGCGAGUUUGCAAACGACCGGCGGGACGCGUCGCAGCCGUUCUCGGUCGGGCCCAGGGCCUGCAUCGCCAGGAACCUGGCGUACCUCGAGAUCAAGCUCGUCAUCGCCAGGCUGGUCUGGCAGUAUGAUUUUGAGAACGCCACCGAGGGGGAUUGGCUGGGCAGCCAGAAUCUGUGGCACUUGUGGGAGAAGGGUCCGCUUUGGUUGAGGUUGAAGGAUGUUGUUCCCUUUGGCAACUGGGUCAAGACGUACACAUUGAACAGAGACGAAAGCGUACAGCAGACGCCGGGCCAGAAGCACGUUAUGGAGUCGAACACGGACAGGAGCGCCAGGCUCAUCCUCGUGCCCCUCCGAGUGCCCCGCUGCAUCCACGUGCCGCCCGCCCCGGUGCACGCGAGUAUCUUGGCCAGCAGCGUCCAGUGCGGGAAGGACUCCCUGCCGACCAUGUAG